CUUUUAAGACAGUUUUAUGUAUUUCAGAUUCUGUCGUAGGGAUGGUUCCUUUAAACUGUGCCCCUGCUACUUCUUCUUGCCAAUGGAAUUUAUCAGGUUCGUGGGGUGUUGUUCCAAUAAACACUACUGCUGAUCAAAACUUCACAGUGGAUAUUGGAGAUGAGGAAGCACGAGAUAAAAACAGAUGUUUGAAGAAUGAUUGCAAGUUCAUUUUUAUUGAAAACGGGCGACCCAAAUGUUCUUGCCCAAUCAUUACAAGCAGUCAGCAGCAACCAAGUGGCGUCGGUUUUCCAGUAGGUUCAGAAUAUCAACUUAUAAGAACUCCGAUGUUAUUGCAAGACAGAGGUUACACCAAAAAGUUUCUCGUGAUUCCUCCCAAGAAUGGCAAAAUAUUUGUAGUAAGUAUCUCACAAUGCAUUUUAAAUGAUGGUUAUUAAAAGUGAUCUUGUUAACCAAGUACUUGGACGGAAUCAGAAGAGUCUGAUUUUUCAAUUAUAUGACUCUAGGACAAGAUCUGGCAAUUGUGCAUCUAGUAAUUUGCUAGAGAUUACUCGGAGUGGACGUGGCGCAACAUCGAUCGGAAUAAGUUUUAAGAGAGAACAUUUAGUCCUUAAAGAAAGCCAUGGCAGUCUCAGUUACGAAAUAUUUCCAGUGUCUGAAAGAAUAUGUGUCUCCGUCGUAUACUCAACACCUGAAAGUAUCGGAGAUUUAAAGUUCAACAUAAUGUUUUCCAAUGGAACAAAAUAUGAAGAGUCAAAAUACACGGAACGCCAGUUUGGUGAAUGGAAAAUGCGAAUAUUCAAAUCAUCAUUAGGAAAAAUGACAAAUGACAAAAUUAAUUUACAACUUGACGUCUCUGGUAAAGGAACAAUAUUGCACAGCAUUUUUGGCUGCAAUCCUUCCGGUCAGAAAGAUAUUACAGUUAUGGAGAACGAUGUUAACAUUCCCGAUCCGGUUAUGAAGCUGCAGGACUUCAAAGGUUGUGGUCCUUUAUUUUUUGGACGCAACUGUUCAAGCGAGUGUUCAAAUUUCGCUACUGGUUGCAUAGGAAUGAUAUUUUGCAAGAAGAACAUGCCGUGUCGUUGCGCAGCUGGAUUCGAGGGGACAUUUUGUGAGAAAGAAUGCGCAUCCGGAUAUUAUGGUGCAAGUUGUUCACAGAAAUGUGGACAUUGCAAAUAUGAUUACUGCGAUAAAUUUACCGGAUAUUGUCACUAUGGCUGCGAGCCUGGGUUUGGGAGACCAUUCUGCCGCAUUCCGUACAAGUACUCCAAAAUUUCACCAUUGGUAACUUAUCAAGGCGUGAAUGUUGUUACGGUUGAGAUAAACACAGAUGAAGUUGAAGGCAUAGGAGAGACGGAAUAUUACCAGCUUCAGUACAGAGAGGAUAAGAAUACUUUUUGGACAGAAUUACAGCCUCAUAAGUUAAGAGAUACUGUGAUUGCAACUAACAUAUCAGACCUAUUGCCAGGAGUUGAUUACAGAAUGCGCGUGAUUUACAUAGACAAGGAUGGAAACAGUUACCAGCAAUCGAAGGUGCCUACAACUCUUUUCUCAACUCUUUGUACAGUCUUGAAGGAACUCAGUGUACAGACGUCUGGUACCCCUGUUGCUGUUGAGGUACCUAAAGUAAGUUUUAAAGCUGUUCUUCAGGCUUCGACAUCUAGCAAGCAAGUUGCUUAUGGUUCGGAUGGGGGAAAUGUGCUAGCUGUUGCAAAUAAGGGAGAGUUUCUUAAACCUCGUAGCAACGUGCACAGCGAGAUCAUGAAGUUGGCCCAUGCAAUUCACACAUGUUUCGAUAAUGUUACGGUUCACGAAAGAGAACCGUCUGCCCCAAAUCCCCAGUGUACUAAUAGGGAGUCCGAAGAGUUCGUCAAUGAGGUGUUCUCCAAGACGAAUAACCCCAAAAAAUGUAAGGGGAAAGGAAAGAAGUCGGGAAUUGUUGGGCAACCAAGGGUGGAGGAGUCGCCCUCUACCAACAUCUUUGAACUACAACUUAACAGCAAUAUCGACGUCAUCAAGUAUCAUGUUGUAUUGGAAAGAGGUAAGAAUUACCUGAAGACUGGAUUAUUAAAGAAUUCAUCUUCCCAUAUUUAUACUUUGGCUCUCAUUUUCCAGUACGACUCCAAGAACAUCCUCUGCCCUGUUACGGGAUACACAAUUGUGUUACAAAGGAACUGGAAUAAAGUGCAAUUUAAUGUUUCAAGUUCUGUUAGAACGUUUGUCAUUGACAUGUUACUUCCAGGAGUUUCAUAUGAGGUGAAAAUUAAAGCAAUUACUGCUUUUGGAGAUGGACCUUUUUCCAUACCUCUCUCUGUGAAAACGAGAGAUGAAGCUCCUCUUCAUGUUUCUAAUUUACAAGUAACGAAAGAAGAUUCUAGAAAACUACGAGUGUCUUGGAAACCACCCAAAUUUACAGGAGGAUCGCUUCAGAACUUUGUGGUAAAAUAUAAGUGUAUCAGACUCUUGGCGUGCGAAGAAACUUAUUACGAAGACGCAAAAGAAAUCAGCGUACCAGGAAAUCAAAAUUACGUGGACUUGGCAGUCCUUCGACCUCAUGCUCAAUACUUCAUUGAAGUGGCUGCAAUAUCUGGGAUUCCUGGACCGUACACAUCUAUUGAGGCUGCAACACAAGAUGCUGCUCCCGUUGCUGCACCAGAAAAGAGUGAAAGCCCAAUAGUGACCUCGACAAACACAACCAUAAGUGUGCAGUGGUUGCCUUUGAAGAGCUGUUCCUUUCUAAAUGGGUACCUUGUUGGAUAUGGUUAUACGCUUUAUUCUGAAAAUAGAACAAUACUUGCAACUGGAAAUACAAGGAACACUCAUAUUGCAUUUGAUGAUCUUACUCCUCAAGCUUCGUAUUUUGUACAUGUACACGUAAUUUCUUCAGGAGGUUGGAACAGAGAUAAGGAAUUAAUUAUAAACGCUUCAACAGCAGCAACAGUUCCAGACGGAGUGCAGAACAUGUCAAUUUACAAAAGAGGACGACGAGAGAUAGGGGUGCGCUGGGGCCAACCAUUCAACACCUACGGAGAUCUUGAAUCGUUUUCGAUAUCUUACUGUCGAUCAAAUGACUGCAAAAGCGCAAACACUAUACGGGUACAGCCUGCACCGUGUGUACCCUGGCCUGAGCUUUUCUGCCAUUCCAUCAGCAACUUGACACCGAAUACUCAAUAUUCUGUCUCGGUAAAUCCAGUAAAUUUAUUAUUUAGAAAAUUGGACGAGAAGCGAGGCAACAUUGGAAAGUAUCGUCAAUUUAAGAGGGCUGGUGAGGUGUAUGUUGGUCGGUAUAAAAGGGAAGUAAAAGAGUUUCAGAUUGUUUUGGGAGUAAACCAAGUUCCAGAGGCACCUACAUCAUUGUUCGCGUCUGCUAGAACAUCCGAUUCCGUUACUCUGGAGUGGGGGCCACCAUUUGUGUUUAAUGGAAUUCUCAGGUCAUUUCUCAUUAACGUCGAACAACUGGAUUCUGCAAAUUCCUCGCAUUGUUGCGUAUAUUCACCUCUACAAGAAGUUCCUGUGAAGAGCGAGGACGGAAAGUACCAACAUAAGGUGAUUGACUUAAUGCCAGCGUCGAAAUACAUUAUUGGCGUUUCUGCAAAAACGAUAUCUAUUGGGCCUUCGGCAUUUAUAACCCUCAGUACAUCGCCCGAAAGGCCUGAAUUAAAUCGAGCUCCAAAACUUUUAGAUAACAAUCGAGUAAAGUUGCCAUUGGGAGAAGGUUUUCCUGGUAUCAACGGAACGUAUCUUCUUCUGGUACUUCUUUCCAAUGGAAAUUCUACAAGUCUGAUUUGGAACUCAGAAGUAGACAAGGAACUCUGUAGCCUUGUCCCCACGAGCGGUUUCUAUAUAGUAGAAGAAUAUAAUGCUGAGGUUAUGCAGUCAACAGCGGAAGAAGAAAUGGAGUUUUUGGAAGUAGAGAUUGGACAGGGAAAGGGGCCUCGAAACGGCACGAUUGGAGUAUUGGAGGAUCCUAUCCUGCCAUCUGAAUUCAGAGUUGGUUUAGCACUUGUACUUGACUAUAAUGGAGCAGUAAGUGUGGGAUUUGUUUCAGCAGAAGCUGCACAAACGGACUUCGAAGAUGAGUUUGCAUAACGGAUUCGGAGUGCUAUAACAUUACUUUCUCUUGUAUUACAGCACUGUUUGUCAAAAGGCAUUACUGAUAAGUGAGUUAAUAUUCUUCUCCAAAUAUCCCAUCCCAAGUCUUUGCUAUCUGUGAAUCUACUGAAACCUUUUUCUUUGUUGUAGAACGUAUUUAAAUAUCUAUGUAAAAACGAUAUUUAAAUACAAAAUUCAAAAAGACAAACCUGAUAUCCAGUAAAUGUAAAAAACAUCGGAUUUUUUGUUAGUUUUUUUCCAAAUGCUCCUGUGGCCCAGUGCCAAAUGGAUGGAAAAUGCUCUCUGAUCUCUUAAAACAAGAUUCCUAAACAAAGCAGUAUGUUCUGUUAAAUAAACUUAUAUAUUUCAUAAUUUCAAGCAAUGUUUCGAAAUGUUACUUGUAAUAUUUAAAAGCUGCAAGUACAAAUUAGUACUUAACAAGAACGAUUCACAUGUAUUUUAUAACAAAAUACAAAAACAAAUUCUUCUUUGUAAGCGUUUUACACAAGCAGACUGUUAACCCAAAAAAUGUUCGAAGAGAGAACUGUAUAAGCAACUAUAACGUAUCUUUUGUGUAAUUAAAGGAGAAAAAAGAAUUAAAUCAGAGACGACUGUGUUUGCA